GUGAGUAAAACAGGAGCAGAAGGCGCCGUGUUGGAUGAAGCCAAGAACAUCAACAAGUCUCUGUCUGCUCUCGGGAACGUCAUCGCUGCUCUCAGUGAAGGAACGAAAACCCACGUCCCGUACAGAGACAGUAAGAUGACUCGAAUCCUGCAGGACUCUUUGGGAGGAAACUGUCGAACCACCAUCAUCAUCUGCUGCUCUCCGUCUGUUUACAACGAGGCUGAAACCAAGUCCACCCUCAUGUUUGGACAGAGAGCUAAAACCAUAAAGAACACAGUGUCUGUGAACCUGGAGCUGACCGCUGAGGAGUGGAAGAAGAAGUAUGAGAAGGAGAAAGAGAAAAACAGGAGUCUGAACAUCAUGGUACAGAAACUGGAGAAUGAGCUGAAACGCUGGAGGAAAGGUGAGUCUGUGCCUGUGGAGGAGCAGCUGAGCAGCAAAAACAAAAAAAGCAGCAGCAGUGAAACGACCGCAGUGAUUGACAGCUUGGCCCCACCUCCUGUCCCUCUGUCAGACGAAGAGAAGACACAGUACGAGACUCUCAUCAGUGACCUGUACCAUCAGCUGGACGACAAGGAUGAUGAGAUUAACCAUCACAGUCAGACAGCCGAGAAAUUCAAACAACAGCUGAUCGAUCAGGACGAGCUGUUGCUGUCAAGCCGCCAGGACUACGAGCGUCUACAGGACGAAUUAUCACGGCUGCAAAGGGACAGUGACUCCGCCAAAGAGGAGGUGAAGGAGGUGCUGCAGGCGCUGGAGGAGCUUGCCGUCAACUACGACCAUAAGAGCCAAGAGGUGGAGAACAAAAACCGCUGCAAUGAACAGCUGAACGAGGAGCUUGCCAACAAAACUGUGAAUCUGGAGGCGGUUCAGAGGGAGUUGUUGACGCUGCAGGAGAUCAGUUCUCAUCAUAAGAAGAGGUCAGCAGAGAUCCUCAGUCUGCUGCUCAGAGACCUCAGUGAGAUUGGCAGCGUUCUUGGUACCACCGACCUCAAAGCUAUGACCGAGACGAGUGGAGUGAUGGAAGAGGAGUUCACCACAGCUCGUCUCUACGUCAGUAAGAUGAAGUCGGAGGUGAAAUCUCUGGUGAACCGCAGCAAACAGCUGGAGGUCAACCUGACAGAGAACAAGUGCAGGAUGGAGGCCACGGAGAAGGAGCUCAACACCGGUCAGCUGCUCGUUUCACAG